CCUGGCAGAAUACAAUCAGCUGUUUGUAAUGACAGUUUCUCUGACAAAUACAAAAUGGUUGAAAACUAAAGUUGGCAAACAAAGAAAGGCAACGUAAAAGAGGAUUUUGUGUUGAAAAAACUAUUUUAUUGAGUGAAAGUUAGUUAGUUUAGUGAGUGAUAAGUGUUUUGUGCAUAAUGCUGGAUUUAGAAAUCGUUCCAGAGCGCUCCCUAGGCUGUGAGGCCUGGGAGUUCGUUCUCGGAAUGCAUUUCUCCCAGGCGGUGUCGAUUAUACAGAGUCAAGUUGGCACAAUACGAGGUGUACAAGUCCUCUACAGUGAUCAGAAUCCACUAUCAGUAGAUCUAGUAAUAAAUAUGCCGCAGGACGGCAUCCGGUUGAUAUUCGACCCGGUCGCGCAGCGGCUGAAGAUCAUAGAAAUAUACAAUAUGAAAUUAGUUAAGCUUAGGUAUAGCGGCAUGUGCUUCAACUCUCCGGAGAUCACGCCCUCCAUCGAGCAGGUGGAGCACUGCUUCGGCGCGACGCACCCCGGCCUCUACGACAGCCAGCGGCACCUGUUCGCGCUCAACUUCCGGGGCCUGUCCUUUUACUUCCCUGUCGAUAGCAAAUUUGAGCCUGGAUACGCGCACGGUCUAGGCUCGCUCCAGUUCCCGAACGGCGGCUCGCCCGUCGUCUCCCGAACGACGAUAUACUACGGUUCACAGCAUCAGUUAACGCGAUCAGCCAGCGGCGGCAGAUGUUCGGCGCCAUUGGCCGACCUUCCCUUGUCUUGCUACAAGCAUCAGCUGCACUUACGACGGUGCGACGUGCUGAGAUCUCCCACGGCCACGCUUGGACUACGGUUGCAUAUUUAUACGGAAGGUAUUCGAUCAGGCGAGCCAGCGUCGGCGAGAAGACGCGUGGUACGUUUCGGUGACAGCUGUCAAGCGGUGUCGCGAGCCCUGGCUGCGCCCGCGCGUCUGUACUACAAGGCGGACGACAAGAUGCGCAUCCACCGCCCCACCGCCCGCCGCCGCCCGCCCCCCGCUUCCGAUUACUUCUUCAACUACUUCACGCUUGGUCUGGACGUGUUAUUCGACGCGCGCACGCACCAAGUGAAGAAGUUUGUGUUGCACACCAACUACCCAGGGCAUUAUAACUUCAACAUGUACCAUCGCUGCGAGUUUGAACUCAACGUUCAGCCCGAUAAAUGCGAGUCAAACGCUCUAGUGGAGUCCCGCGGCGCGGUCUGCAUCACGGCUUACAGCAAGUGGGAGAGUGUGUCGCGUGCAUUGCGCGUGUGCGAGCGCCCCGUUGUGCUAAACCGCGCCUCCUCCACCAACACUACCAAUCCCUUCGGCUCUACCUUCUGCUAUGGCUACCAGGACAUGAUCUUUGAGGUGAUGUCAAAUAACUACAUAGCGUCGAUAACCCUGUACCAGCCCGAGGGCACCCGCCCGCAUUACGCUGUCAACUCUAUCGCGUGACACACCAAGGUAUCUCCGAGCAAAGGUAAAAAGUUCACAACCUGAAUGCAGUCAGUUUGUCAGUAAACACAAAACAUACUCCACUGGUGUGGCGCCGCACGGACCCUCUGGCAAAGUGAAACAUAUCCUGAAAACAUGCAACCUAAGAGGUAACAGUAUUUAACAAAAAAAUGUGAUAAAAACUGUGAAAAAAAAACUAUAAAAAAAAUAAAAGUGAGUGACCGAUCUCAAGGCGUGUUAAAUAAGUUUUAUUUAAUUCCUUAGCAGCAAUGGACAGUAAAAAAAGAUUUUUUAAAAUCAUGUAAGUUAAUAGACAAGGUUUCUCUUAAUAAUCGUAAUAAUAAAGUAAAAUAAAUUAGUCGAAUGUGUUCUUAAGUUUUACAACCGAAAAAAUCUGAUGUUUUUCAUUGAAAAAAUGUAUAGACUUAAGAUGUAAAUAUUUUUGAAUUGGAGAGAACUAUGAAAUAUGUAUUGUCAAAAAUCGAAUGUAUUUUUUCUAAAUCGAAGCGUUUGCUAGGGCGUGUGUUAUUGUGAUAAAAAUUACUAAAAAAAAAAAUGUGCAAAAAAUAUUUUUUUCUCGAUAGCACCACAAUGUUGCCAUGGUUGGCUUUUUAUUAGUGUAUAGUGUUAAUUAAUUUAUGCAAAUCAUAUAGGCUAUAGUUGACAAAAAAGUUUCGCCAUUUCGGGAAAUCAUUUAAUUAUGUAUAUUAUUCUUAUUAAUUUUAACAAAAUGGCUAAUAUUUCAUAGUAAGAACUGUUAAAGUUAUUUAACAAUUUUGACAGUUCAUUAUAAUUUUAAUUUUUUAAAUGAUAUUUUCUUCUCAAUUUCCUAUUGUUUUUAUAAAACAUUUUAAUAAAAUUGACUAAGGUUUAAAAGUGGCGACUGUCAAAAACAAACAAACAAAAAAUUAGCAUAUUAUGGUAGGUGUACAUAGUUCUUACUAUGAAUUUAUUGUCUAUGAAAUUUUAAAAUAUCACUGACGUUCUAUUUUAUUCACGUAUACGUCUACAAAUUAUUUUUAGUUACUUUUCGAUUCCUUUACAAUGUUUAAUUAACUUGAUGGGAUUUGAUUCCUUGUAUUCAUUUGUAAGUAUGUAAUAAGAAUAUUCUUCUUACCGUGCAUUGACAUUUUCACAUUGGCGAGACUGUACCGGGGACGAAGUUGUGAACAAAACGUCUUAUGUCCUGUCGCGUGCCCUUCGUGUGAAAAUGUAAAUGCACCUUAAAGUUUACAUUUUGAUUCAAUAAAAUCAUACGUCGCAAAUCAAUUUGACAGUCAAAGUUAUUGGCUGCCGUAAAAAUUAAGUAAUUCAAAUUUAAAUUAAUCUAAUAUUGAUAAGAAUCAUUACAAAUUCUUUACACUUCACAAACCUUUAAAGAAAACGCUGACUAGGCUGUACAAUUUUUGGUAUACAAACGGUGAUUAACAAAACAAAAGCAGUACAUAAAAAUAUACAGUAAAAUUCAAAAUUUCGAGGAGAAUUUGUAUUUAAAUAUGUAUUACUUGAAAACUGCUGCAAAUGAAUACAAGGAAAAGAUUGGACUUUAUUGGUAAUUGAUAAAUAAUAUAAUAUUUAAUUAAAUUAAACCCUUUUUAAUCAACUUAUUUGUCUUUGCUCACAAUGUGCGCAAGUAGAUUAGGGUUUAGGCUUCGGCGCUUGGAAUGUGUAUAACGCGAUGUGUUGUAUGAGUGUGUUAGUUUAAUGUCACAAUUACACUUCGAACAUUUGAAUGGGCUCUUAUAUUUUAAUUUCAUUCAUUAAAAUCGUUACACAAUCAAAGGUCUUGAAUAAGAUCAUUUUGUAUUAUUACUAUUAUAAACUCUCGUAAAAGUUAUGUAUCCCAUACAUUCAACAUCUGCAAAAGUAUCGAAAUUCGUUGUUUUCGCUAUGGACUUGAAAGAAAAAAAUCGAUAUUACAUUUACACAUACAAACGUUUACAGAUACACAUAACAAUUGAACAAAAUUGUUUUUUUUUUUUUGUUUUUUUUUUUUUACUGAGAAUCUGUCUGAAUCAAAGGUGUUUUGCGAUUUUGGAUUCUGCCCUUACUCUAAUAUAAAAACGUUAUGUCUGUCAUUAACACCACUCAGAACAGUGCAGCAUGUUAUGUCAAAUAUUUUAUUACACAUAUAUCUACAACAUGUAGAUGAAUAAAUAAGGGUACUUAAUCGUUACUAUUGUUAAUAAUAGUGAUUUCUAAAGUUUUUCCAUUAUCGGUUUUUUCAAAGAGUCGAAAAAAGUUGAUCGGUGUAAAAUAAUUAACUCCUUGGAAAAAAAUAAUACGCAUUUUUUAGCGUCCUGUAUUUAUUAGGGUCCCAUUCAGAUGCAAGAAUUACAAAAAAAAAACACUUAUUGCUCAGACCAAAAUAAAAUAUACGCGGUUAUUUUUUAAGGAAGAUUAUUUACUCACAUAGAAAAAUUAUAGUUCAAUUCUUAUUUCACUGUAAGUUCAAUGCAAUAUUUUUACUUAAUUUAUUCGUAUGUUGUUACGAAAAUUGGGUGAGUAUGAAAUUGAAGUCAUGUGCCCAAUCAUAUUUUUACCUAUUUUGGUUCCUUUUAAACAAAUAUACAGAAUCAAUCAAUUAUCUAUGCGUUAUCUAUACAAUUUUAUGUUUAUGGUUACAACUUCGCAAUAAGUUUUAAAUCUAUAUUUUACACAAUCAUAGUCAAAUAUUUCAAACACAUAAUAUAACUCUGCCUCAUUUUUUCAGUCAAUUUUACAGGUGUCGCCAAACAUCUUGAUCGCUCUAAAGUGGUGACGAUUAGCAUCUCAUAAGCAUUUGAACAGUUUUGCGGGCAUAGAGCAUAUACCCACCCCGCACUCAUACUGGGGUGGAGUGAAUUGCUUUGUGCUUAUCGUACUGGCGUAAACAUGUGGUCGUUGCAACUUCAGAGCGAUCAAAAAGUUUGGCGUUAGCUAUGUAUUGCGCCAAUGUGCGUGCAAGUUUAGUCUCCAUUUUAGUUUGUGUUAGGGCUUUAUCACACUAAGAUUCCACACUAUAGAAAUAGAAAUUUACAUCAUUAUUCAAAGAAACUUGCACGAGUAGUUUUGAAUCAUAAAACGAAUCUACCACUACAACUUGUUCGGAAUUCCAUUCCUAACGAGUAAACCAGCAAGAAAUUCGGCGGUUGCUCUUUGCAAAUGUAAUGUCAUCAAAAGCAUAUGUUAGACUUUUACGAAAGCAAACAUUGUUAUUGUUGUAAGCGACUUUAUUCAUGGUAUUCUUACUGCAACUGUACAUUUUAGCUAGUAGUGAGAGAGGCUUUAAGGUUUUUAAAGCACAGCUAAAUAAAAAAUAUAUAGUUUCAGUUAAAACGAGACAAAAUUAUGCUAGCGAUAUAACGCUGUCGCGUGUCUUUAGUCUGAGCCAAGUCAAAAUGCGCCCUAUUGAUCAUAACCUAAAACUUGUGCAAACUUCAGAUUGGACUAUUUGCGAUCACUGUAACUUGGCCACUUUAUUUGGCCCUACCUACUGGUGACGGUAUCUCAGUGUGAUACAACCCUUAAAGUCGAAAAUUCAAUGAGCUUAUAGUACAUCGCUUACUGGCGCUGGUUGUGAUGUUAUACAGUUUCGCUGUUUAGGCAAUAUAAAACGUGGGUGUAUGGUCGUAAGGUCUUAUAUUGCUUAAUUUUAUCUGAUUUUGAAAUGCUUUUCGGACCUGAGCUGGAAUUAUAUUUUUUUUUAUUACUAUAUCUAUACAUAGUAAUAUUAUAUUAUUAUUCUGUACAUAUCUAAAUAUGAAAUGAUUAAUAAUAAAUAUCGAGUGUUAAUUAUAAUAUUUUUUUUUUUGUAUUUUGUACCAACUGUUGUGGUGGUAACCAGAAACCCCCCUUGUUUAAGAACUUCUUAAAUGUUAAGGGAGUGUAAUUAUAUACUCUUAACUCUAUCAGCAAAAAAAAGUUAGUAGGUAUAGCGCUCUCUCUGUUACGUAAUCCCAAACAAAUGACAGAGACAAAAAUCUCAGUGGGCGUUAACCAUUUUGAGUCACCAACCAAUCACAAACGAGCUAUGUUUUCGAAUUGAAUUUCGAAUGUGUUUGAAAACAUUUUUGUGAUUGUGUUCGCACUUUUUCGGGUUCCGUAAUCAUUGUUUCUGAUUAUAACCUUUUUUACAUGAAUAAUCUGGGUAAAAAAAAUGACUUUAUAAUCGAUUUAAAUUUUGGCUCAUGUCCGAAAAGUAUUUCUUAGCUCAUAGAUAAACUAUUUAUUUAAUUAAUGCACAAGUAAAUGUGUGAUUGUGAAGUUAUGUGGCUGUGGUGCCAUAAAAAAAAGUUAAAAAAAUUGACAAAUAAUACAUUAAAAAAAGUAUUAAGUAUAAGGUAGCGUACGCUGCGCCCCCUUCACUGUAUUGUACGGAUAUUAUUAUAUUUAUACAAAUGUAUGUUAAAAAAUCAAAAUACUCAUAUAUACCUAAAUAGCAACACUCGAAUAAAGUUUUUGAUGAAAAACAGCAUCUCAUUGAAGGCUAAACGAAUGUUGCAUAUCCAACGUUGAUCCACUUAAACUGGUGUAUAUGCAGCAUGAACAC